AUGAAAGGCUUUGCCAAGGGAGGGAAGAAAGGCAAAGAUGCCAAGGGCUUCCCCGGUGGUGGCUGUGGCGGCUUCCCCGCGAAGGGCUAUGGGAAGUCAGGAGGCAAGGGCGAGACGGACACGUGGCAGAUGGGGCAGAUGUCCAUGAAGGGCAAAGCCAAGAGUCCCUUUGGUGACGGAAAGGCGGGCAAGGGCUUCGGCCUCAAGGGCCAGAUGGGCAAGGAGGCUUUCGGGAAGGACGGCGGCAAAGCCAAGGGCCAAUCUGCGGAGCUCGCCGUGUCAGGCUGCUGGCAUGAGACCGUUGGAUCGAUCAUCCGCGGGGAGUACUUCCGGUCCGGAUCGAAUCACGGCAGACCUGUGUAUAAAAAGCUGGGGGCCGGGCAGGAGGUCCAGAUUUAUUUCUGGGACAGCCGAGAUGGCCCGAAUAUGUGCGGGUGGUGGUUCGGUGCCUCUGUUGGCGGGGACAUGGUGUGGUCGUUUCGCCCCGGCGCUGAGGGUCAGACGCCGCCGAGGAGCGGCUGGAAAGUGCCUUUCGAGGGCCAGGUGGAUCCGACCUUGGCGGUGAACGCGCUGCAGCCCCGAAAUGGCCAGGCUCCUCCUGCGCCUCCAGCCCGUGCCCUUCCGGCAGCACCGCCGCCCAAAGAAGUUGGUGGGGACACACACAUUGUGGUCAGUGGCUGCAGUCAUGCAGUUGUCGGCACCAUCGUGAACGGCAGCUACGUUCGAACCGCUGAGAAUCAUGGCAAGCCCGUUUACAAGAAGACGGAGCAGACCAAAGACGGAGUGGAUGUGCACAUCUACUUCUGGGAUGACAAGCAAAACCCGACCUUCUGCGGCUGGUGGUUCGGCCCUCGCGUGGGCGCCGAGGAGGUCUGGGCUUACAAUCCCGGCCGCAUGCUGGGUACGGCGCCGCUUGGGGGCUGGAAAGUCCCCUACGACGGCCCGGUCGACACCAACUUCGCGAUCAGCGUGGACAGGAAAGCUUCCGAUGAGGACCGCCGUCUAAAGAAGGAGGCAGCUGCAAAGAUCCAGGCAGAGGUCACCAGAGCAGCCAAACAAAUCCGCCUUGUCGCGCAGAAGCUGGCGACAGUGAAGAUCGAGACCUUGGAGUCUCUGGAAGAAGAGCUGACCGCCGUGCUGGACAAGGAGCUGGAGGCCUGCGGUGACGAGAAAGCUAAGGUGAAAGAGGAGUGUGACAAGGCCCUGGAGCAGGCGAGGUCCAGAGUGGAGCAGCAGAAGGAAGCGAAGGUCAAGGCAGCACCAAUGUUGGAGGAGUUGGACGGCCGGCUCACCACGGCCGAGGCAGCAUUGAAGAAGAUCGAAGCGAAGGUGACCGACAGGCUUCUGAAAGAGGCAGACGAGGCCGUCGAGGCGUGCGCUUCCUGCCUGGUCGAGGGCGGAGCCGUGCUGACCAUGGGUGAGGGCUUCCAGGAAAAACUCAAGCGCCUCCAAGAGUGCCGGGGCCUUGGCACGUGGACACUUGCCUUCUUGAGCUUCCUGCGGGGCGGGGGCUACUUCCGCUCAGGCAAAAAGGCUCUGAGGAAGUCUCAGAGCAAGAAAAAGGUGGAGGCAGGUGUCGCCGGACGCUGA